UGCAGAGUGACAAUUUUAAAACACUGACAACUUGCUGAUUCUCAUCACUCGGCUCGUGGCUGUAGAUCGACCAUGGCGCCCUCCACUCUCUCGUUUUUUGCCUUGGCUGUUAUUGUGGGCAUUGCACAUUGUCAGCGAGGUAGAGAACCAAGAGACCAGAUUCCACAAGCAUGUCAGCGAAAGGUGAUGGACAUUUUUUUUAUUCUGGACUCUUCGACAUCCAUCUACAUACUGGACUACCAGCGUGUGCUCAACUUCACCAAAGAGAUUAUUGAGAGGCUCGAUGUUGAUUUUGAUACUACUAGAGUUGGUGCACUAACAUUCAGUGAUCAAUUAACGAUUCCAAUUUUAGAUUUUAACAGCUACGUCUCAAAGAGCGACUUAAUAUCCCAAAUAAACAUAGACACCCUACCGUACAGAACAGGAAACACCAACACGCACACAGCCAUUAAAUAUGUGCGGGAGUUACGGGAAUUCAGAGAGGACAUCACCAAAGUUAUCGUCGUCCUAACAGACGGAGGUUCUAGAAUCCAGGAACAAACAGCCUACGAGGUGCAGGAAGCCAAGAAUAACGGGUUCUAUUUCUUCGUGGUCGGCGUCGGCCAAUACUUGGACGAGCAGGAGUGGCGAACAAUCGCCAGUGACCCUGACGACAACUUCAUCUUCAACAUCACCACCUACCUGAACCUGGACCGUGUCAAGGUCGCUCUCCCUCCCCGGGCCUGCUCCCUGCCACCCAUUCUUACGUCACAAAGAUGUGAGGUACGUACACAGGGCGAGCUGUACUUUGUCGCUGGGAAUACAGCAGCCAUCGAAGCCUACGAAGUGAUCUCAAACUUCAUGAACAGAACAACCCUCGCCUUCCCAUUGGACAGCCGUUAUGACGUCCACGUCAGCUAUCUACUGAACGCCUGCUACGCUCCUGACAAUGCCGAGUUCAAGGGUCCCAAUGACUACUGUGAGAAAGAAAGCAUGGGAUCUGGCCCACAGACCUACGUUCAGCUGUUGAACAAACUACAGGGCCUUGUACCCGGCGUUCGUCAAGAUCGAGGGGAGGUCAAUCAAGUUGCGGUGCUUUUUGUUGACCAAGAUGUUGCCCGUAAUGUGAG